AUGGCAGAGUCCAAGGCGCAGAUCCUGCAAAACAGUGCCCUGCUGGAUAUCAGUGCACAAAAGUCAAUGACUGUGCGGACCACUCCUUUCACAAGCCUGAUGAAGGGAUUCGCGGACAUGACUGCUGACGUAUAUCAGGGUACUGGCAAUGCGCGACCGGUGGUGGCCAAGCCGCUGGCAGCGGCUCGAAUAGCACCAGUCAAAGUCCUGACCCAUCGUCGCUUGAUCAAGGAGGGUCUGGGAGCGUUUCGAGUAGCGUCAAGGAAACUGAUGGAGACGGAAAACCUCGGGGACAAUUCUACCGAAAGCGCUUCCGGUACAGGCGACUCAGGAAGUGGCACAGGCACAGGCACAGGCACAGGCACUGGUACAGGAAGCUCCAGUGCUGCCAGUUCGGGUGCUGCUGGUACAGGCAGUGGAUCUGGAACAUUCAGCAGACCCGCUCAAUUCUUACAGUUGUCCAGUAGCACUGGAACUGGUAGUACUGGAUCUGGCAAUACAGGAUCUGGCAGCACAGGCACUGGUAGCACAGGAACAGGCGCAACCAGUAGUCUAGGCCAGACAUCUGGAAGCUUCAAUUCUGACGGUCAAUGGACUGGCAAUUUUGCCGGGCCAGGAAACUCCGGAUCCGCCGGCAGCAUUGUCAACAACUCGACAGUAAAUGCAGACGGAGAAUUCGAGGGGACUGCAACGAGUUCGCAUUACAUGAUCGACUCUUCCUUCACCGGCUCCUGUGGCUGCCAAGGAACUGAUUGGCAAGCCCCCGCAACAGGGAACCUGCGCUCCGCAGCCGUAAACACAGACUUCUAUGGCGGCGACACCGACAAGUGCGGCACAAUGUGCGGCAAAUGCUUCAAACUCACGAGUUCGGGAGGAGCGCCUGACGGGCAAGGCGCGCCUGCCGGUCAACCGAAGACUUCGAUGUAUGUCCGCAUUACGGAUUCGUGUCCCAAGUCGUCAAAUCAGCAGUGGUGUAUGGCGCCAAACGCGUUCGGGUUUUCUCAGCAUUUCGAUAUUGCGAUGGUGGGGUAUGGGAACCCACCUUUGGAUUGGG